UGUUGCUGCUGGGGAUCAAUGAAGCUGAGUGAAUGGGGGCGCACUGCGCGAGCGCAUAGCUGGAGCGGGCGCCAGAUGGUGGAGGGCUACGCUUAUUGAUGAAACACUUGAGUUCUUCUUGAAUUGCCAGUUUUCAGCCUCCUCAUGCCUCCAUCUCCUUUAGACGACAGGGUAGUAGUGACACUGUCUAGGCCUGUCCGACCUCAGGAUCUCAACCUUUGUUUAGACUCUAGCUACCUUGGCUCUGCCACCCCAGGCAGCAGUAGCCACCCUCCCGUCAUUGCCACCGCCGUUGUGACCCUCAAGGCUGCGAAUCUGACGUAUAUGCCCUCAUCCAGCGGCUCUGCCCGCUCCCUGAAUUGUGGAUGCAGCAGUACUAGCUGCUGCACUGUGGCAACCUACGACAAGGAUCACCAAGCCCAGACUCAAGCUAUUGCCGCAGGCGCUGCCACCACCGCCAUAGGAACCUCGACCACCUGCCCUGCUUACCAGAUGGUCAACAGCAAUGAGAACACAGGCUCUUUAAGUCCAUCGGGUGGGGUGGGUAGCCCUGUGUCAGGGACUCCCAAGCAGCUAGCCAGCAUCAAAAUCAUCUACCCCAAUGACCUAGCGAAGAAGAUGACCAAGUGCAGCAAGAGUCACCUGUCCAGCCAGGGUCCUGUCAUCAUUGACUGCAGGCCUUUCAUGGAGUACAAUAAGAGUCAUAUCCAAGGAGCUGUCCACAUUAAUUGUGCCGAUAAGAUCAGCCGGCGGAGGCUGCAGCAGGGCAAGAUCACUGUCCUAGACUUGAUUUCCUGUAGGGAAGGCAAAGACUCUUUCAAGAGGAUCUUUUCCAAAGAAAUUAUUGUUUAUGAUGAGAAUACCAAUGAACCGAGCCGAGUGAUGCCGUCCCAGCCGCUUCACAUAGUCCUCGAGUCCCUGAAGAGAGAAGGCAAAGAACCCGUGGUAUUGAAAGGAGGACUCAGUAGUUUUAAGCAGAACCAUGAGAACCUCUGUGACAACUCCCUCCAGCUCCAAGAGUGCCGGGAGGUGGGGGGCGGCGCCUCGGCGGCCUCGAGCAUGCUACCUCAGUCUGUCCCCACCACCCCUGACAUCGAGAAUGCAGAGCUGACGCCUAUCCUGCCCUUCCUGUUCCUUGGCAAUGAGCAGGACGCUCAGGACCUAGACACCAUGCAGAGGCUCAACAUUGGCUAUGUCAUCAACGUCACCACUCACCUUCCCCUCUACCACUAUGAGAAAGGCCUCUUCAACUACAAGCGGCUGCCCGCCACUGAUAGCAACAAGCAGAACCUGCGGCAGUACUUUGAAGAGGCGUUUGAAUUCAUUGAGGAAGCUCAUCAGUGUGGAAAGGGCCUUCUCAUCCACUGCCAGGCCGGCGUGUCCCGCUCUGCCACCAUCGUCAUCGCCUACUUGAUGAAGCACACGCGGAUGACCAUGACCGACGCUUACAAGUUCGUCAAAGGCAAACGACCAAUUAUCUCCCCGAACCUCAACUUCAUGGGGCAGUUGCUGGAAUUUGAGGAAGACCUAAACAAUGGCGUGACACCACGGAUCCUGACACCAAAGCUCAUGGGCAUGGAGACGGUUGUGUGACAGCAGGCAGGACAGAAAGGGCCUUGGCUCUGUGAGAUGCCGGACAGGAGUGAAGGGGCGGGGUCUGGCUUUGGUUUUGUUUUCUGUUUUUCUUUCCUGUUUUUUUUUUUCUUUCUUUUCAUCUUGGGGGAAUGUUUGUGAAAGGCAGCAGACCUGUCUAAAGACUAGAACUUCUGAUGCCAUUGAGAGCCACUUCUCUUCGUCUGUUUUUGCAAGGAGGUUAAAAAGGUCAUUUUUUUAAAGCCAACAAAUAAAAAGCUUCCGAAACUGUUUCUCCCCACUUCUCCUUGUUAGCUGUUGUAGGGUUUCUGACUAAAUUCGUCUGUGCGGGCUCAUAGACCGAAGAUACCACCCUUCAGUUACAAAGACCCAAAAGUAAGCGGAAAAGACAUUGGCUCUCAAAGACCUGGAACCUACCUGGCCAACCAUGUAGAAGAGAAACCCCAACAAACUAUGCCCUAUUGCGCUCACUGGUGCGAAGAGAAGGGCGGGCAGCCUCAGUGGUCUCAGACCCCCUCAUGCGCUCUCUGGAGAGAGCAGUGUUGAUUUGGUGUGUUUCAUGCUCUGGGUAAUUAUCCCCCUUCUCUGGGUUUGACAGAACUUCCUUUCUUUUCUUUUUUAAUAGAAGGAAACUGACCGUUAUACCAUGUGCCUUUGCUGGCACUUGUGCAAUAAAAAUGGUGUUUGGAGUGUGAGGGUGAGCUAGAGCUGGCAGCGAGUAACAAAUCACACCAGCUUGGAGAGAGGAACUCAGCAAUACCAGUGGCUUUCCCUCCCACCCUCUCCCUCUUUUCUUUCUUUCUUUUUCCUUUCUUUUCUCUUCUUUCUUUUUCUUUUUUGAUUUGAUUCUGGUUACAGUGCCAUAAACCUUGUUACAUAUGUAUAUCAGAAUGUAAAAAAAAAAUGACAA